AUGAUCUUGCACCAAGUUGAAGCCCUAGCUGCAGCUGGUGUCACGGAUAUCGUCUUGGCUGUAAACUACCGCCCAGAUGUUAUGGUUGCACAUUUAAAGAAGUAUGAGGAGCAAUACAACGUCAAAAUCACAUUCUCCGUCGAGAACGAGCCAUUGGGCACAGCUGGUCCUCUAAAACUUGCCGAAGAAAUCCUCGGAAAGGACGACAAGCCUUUCUUUGUCCUGAACUCUGAUGUCGUCUGUGAUUACCCGUUCCAACAGCUCGCCGAUUUCCACAAGACACAUGGCGAUGAAGGUACCAUUGUUGUCACCAAAGUUGAAGAGCCAUCGAAGUAUGGUGUCGUGGUCCACCAACCGGGUCACCCCACAAGAAUAGAUCGUUUCGUCGAGAAACCAGUCGAGUUCGUUGGAAACCGAAUCAAUGCUGGAAUUUAUAUCCUCAACCCAUCUAUCCUCAAUAGAAUAGAGUUGAGGCCAACAUCUAUUGAACAAGAGACUUUCCCAUCCAUGACUCGAGAUGGCCAGUUGCAUUCCUUCGACCUAGAAGGCUUCUGGAUGGACGUGGGGCAACCAAAGGAUUUCUUGUCUGGCACCUGUCUGUUCCUUUCUUCGCUGACAAAGAAGGGCUCGAAACUUCUAACGCCGGCCACCCAACCCUUCGUUCAUGGUGGAAACGUCAUGAUUGAUGCUUCUGCUAAGAUUGGAAACAAUUGCAGGAUAGGACCUAACGUCACUAUCGGACCUAAUGUUGUUAUUGGCGAUGGCGUCCGAAUUCAGAGAUCGGUGGUCCUCGAAGGUUCGAGGAUUAAAGAUCACGCCUGGGUCAAGAGCACUAUCGUCGGGUGGCACGGCACGGUCGGAAAAUGGGCCAGAUUAGAAAAUGUCACCGUCAUGGGAGACGAUGUUACAAUUGCUGACGAAGUUUACGUCAAUGGUGGUUCCAUUUUGCCUCACAAGACUAUUAAGGCUAAUAUUGAUGUCCCUGCCAUUAUCAUGUAG